AUGCCUUCCCUAGCUCCCAUCUUUAAGAAAGCAUACUUUUCUCUUUUGUUUGGAAUUUCCCUUCACGCUCUUGCAUUGAUUGCCUUGACAAAUCCAUGGUUGCAAAGACAUGUUAUGUAUGUGCACAAACUGCAUUUGCCACAGGCCUGGGCAACGGAGAUAGAUAAGCCAGAGAAGUUUGGCUUCGCUAGUCAUGUAGAGAAUCAAGUAUCGCCAUUCAAUUUCAGUACUCCGGAUGGAGAAACUCUAUACGCUUGGCACGUCAUGCCUCUGGGACUCUAUGUUAAGCAUGAGUCUGAGAUAUUGAAGCAGCCUUCGGGGUUUGUUGAUGAUAUAAGUCUUACGAGAGGGUUUGAAUUGCUUAGAGAUGAUUCAGAUGCUCGGCUUAUCAUCAAUUUCCACGGGACUUUUGGGAGCGUGGCCCAAGGAGAACGGACAAGUUCAUACCGGGCGAUGCCUGAUGGGAGUACCUCAAAUAUUCAUAUUCUAGCCAUUGAUUAUCGAGGAUUUGGUCGAUCAACAGGCUUCCCUACCGAAGAAGGACUCAUCACAGAUGGCAUUGCGGCAGUCGAUUGGGCUUUGAAGGUCGCCAAAGUUCCAUCAUCUCGAAUUGUAAUUCUAGGACAGAGUUUAGGGACAGCAGUUGCAUGUGGGGUGGUAGAAAGGUUUGCCAUACGAGGAAUUGAAUUCGCGGGUGUUGUUCUUGUCGCCGGCUUUACAGAUAUUUCAAACUUACUCACAAGCUACUCUAUCGCAGGUUGGAUACCAGUGCUAUCACCGUUGCGGCCAUAUCCCGCACUACAAAAACUAUUCAUCAGCUAUGUGAACGACAAAUGGCCUUCUACCUCACGCCUCACAAAUUUUGUUCACAUCAGCAAGCGGGUACGAUUAUUUAUUAUCCAUGCUUUGGAUGAUUACGAGAUCCCAUGGUAUCACUCCCAAGGACUAUUUGCCGCGGCAGCAAAUGGUACUAUGGAAAGUGGAAUAGGUAUAGAGUUGUUAGAAAAGAUGAAAGCGCGAAACACCAUUGAUAUGGGUGAUGGUGCUUUCAUUUCGACUUGGAAGACUGGAAACGACAAGAUUAUUCGACAAGAAGUUGUUGGUUAUGGCGCUCAUAGUACCGUUUUGACUUAUGCGCCUCUAUCAUUAGCAGUCUUCAAAGCAUUUGGUCUCGACAAUGGAGGUGUAUUACCAUGA